AUGGUUGUCGACGGGAAGAUCUCGGUGGAUGAAUGGUGCGACUGCUUCUCAUUCGCCGACGACCUUCGGCAUGAACCACCAUGCCACAAGCAGAAACACUCUGUCGAUCCGCACAAGAAGGGCGCUUUUCUACCACGUUGCGAUCUAGAGGGAUAUUAUCGUCCCGAGCAGUGCCAUAACGGCUUCUGUUGGUGCGCCGAUCGUUUCGGACGCGAGUUCGACAACUCGCGCAUCAAAGGAGAACUUCCUGACUGUGGACAGUACGGUAUGUGUAUCGGGUACUAA